CCCCGUGAUUAACUGAACCUCAACCCUUUUCCACAUUGAUUCAGUACCCCAGGCGCAACUUCUUCAGGGGAAACUUCCUCUUCGACGCUCGCUACCUCCCUCUACGCUCGCUUCAAAAUCCUACACCUUUAAACUUCCACAAUGGCCACACCCCCUCCUGCUCCUGCUGCCAAUGGCACCCCGGUCUCUGCAUCACCCCCCAGCAGCAAGCCCAGCUCGCCUUUCGUUGAACGCAGCAACCCUAUGGGCUCCGGGGCUGCUCAGACCGUCAGCUCUAAAGACCCCAAGGCUGCUGCUCAGGCGGCUACGGAUAUGAAGAAUGUCGUUCGCCGGAAGCUGACAGGCUAUGUUGGUUUCGCCAACCUGCCGAAUCAGUGGCACCGCAAGAGUGUUCGCAAGGGCUUCAACUUCAACGUGAUGGUUGUCGGUGAAUCUGGACUCGGAAAGUCGACUUUAGUGAACACCCUCUUCAACACCUCCCUCUACCCCCCUAAGGAACGCACCGGACCUAGCCACGACAUUAUCCCCAAGACGGUCUCAAUUCAGUCCAUCAGCGCCGAUAUCGAAGAGAACGGCGUGCGCCUGCGCCUGACGGUCGUUGACACUCCUGGAUUCGGUGAUUUUGUGAACAACGACGACUCGUGGCGCCCUAUUGUCGAGAACAUUGAACAGAGAUAUGAUGCCUACCUUGAGGCCGAGAACAAGGUCAACCGUACCAAUAUUAUUGACAACCGUAUCCACGCAUGUGUCUACUUCAUCCAGCCCACCGGUCACUCGCUGAAGCCUCUGGAUAUUGAGGUCAUGCGCCGGUUGCACACCAAGGUCAACCUGAUCCCUGUGAUCGCCAAGGCCGAUACCCUGACGGACGAGGAAAUUGCCGCCUUCAAGCAAAGAAUCCUUGCCGAUAUCCAGCACCACUCCAUCCAGAUCUUCGAAGGUCCCCGCUAUGAGCUCGACGAUGAGGAGACUAUCGCUGAGAACCAGGAGAUCAUGUCCAAGGUCCCCUUCGCCGUGGUUGGUGCCAACGCCGAGGUCACUGCCGCCGAUGGCCGCAAGGUCCGUGGACGUAGCUACCCUUGGGGUGUCAUUGAGGUCGACAACGAGGAGCACUGCGACUUUGUCAAGCUCCGUCAGAUGUUGAUCCGUACCCACAUGGAAGAGCUCAAGGAGCACACGAACAACAGCUUGUAUGAGAACUACCGUUCCGACAAGCUCACCCAGAUGGGUGUCGCCCAGGACCCGAGCGUGUUCAAGGAGGUCAACCCGGCUGUCAAGCAGGAGGAGGAGCGUGCUCUCCACGAGCAGAAGCUCGCCAAGAUGGAAGCGGAGAUGAAGAUGGUCUUCCAGCAGAAGGUGGCAGAGAAGGAGAGCAAGUUGAAACAGAGCGAAGACGAACUAUACGCACGACACCGCGAGAUGAAAGAUCAAUUGGAGCGUCAACGCCUGGAACUAGAAGAAAAGAAGGGUCGUCUGGAAACAGGGAGACCCAUCGAAGAGAAGGGAAAGAGGAAGGGAUUCUCUCUUCGUUAAACGAACGCACGCACGACCGGUGCUUCGAUGCUCCUAUCCAGGGGCUCUGCCAAUGGGCCACCCAGGGUACGCAUGGUCGUCGGAGGGCGCUUUGGUGGUUUGACGCACACUUCUCCACGACUGUCGAUUGGCCGCACGCUCUUUUUAGCCGCCUGCCUUCUUUCUCUUGUGUUUAUUCGUUCUCUCUACC